AUGAACGACAAGGUCUUUCUUCUCACUGGAUCCUCUGGAGGUAUCGGUAUUGAAACCGGUCGUGCACUCGCGGCAACUGAGGGCAAAGUGUAUCUUGGCGUUCGCGACUUGGUGAAGGGAGAGCAAGCUCUGAAAGAGAUCCUCGAGCCCGGUCACGUGGAGCUGCUGGAGCUAGAUGUUGUCAACAAUGCGGGAAUCAUGGCAUGCCCGGAGGUGAAGACAGCCAAUGGUUUCGAAUCGCAAUUUGCAAUCAAUUAUCUCGGCCACUUCUUGCUCUACAACUUACUCGAGCAGACACUCUUGUCGAGUUACACAACCGAGUUUCAAUCCCGCGUCGUCAACGUCUCUUCUGCUGGCCAUCGCAUGAGCUCCGUUGUCCUCGAUAACAUCAACCUUGAUGGUGAGUACGAGGCAUGGAAGGCAUAUGGAAAUGCCAAGACAGCUUGUAUCUGGAUGACGAACGAGAUCGAGCGCCGACACGGUUCAAAGGGUCUACACGGUCUCUCGUUGAUGCCGGGUGGCAUUUUCACAGGUCUACAGCGUCACGUCGACCCGGAGACGUUGAAGCAGUGGGGUUCGAGUGAGCCUGUGUUGGGUGGUCAGAAGUAUGGUAAGAGUCCGGCUCAGGGCGCUGCCACCACCAUGACUGCUGCAUUUGGCAAGGAAUGGAAAGGGAAGGGUGGUGUCUACCUGGAAGAUUGCCAGGAAGCUAGGCCGCGGAACAGAGCAGCUAAGCUAUGGCACAACGCAGGCCAAACCAUGGAGCAAUUCUUACUUGACCGACGGUCAUGA